GUCAACACUCUUUUCUCAUAGUAGAAUAGAACACUCUUAGAGCUUAAUAGAAUAGUUUUAUCAAGUUUACACUUGCGAACAUGUAUACAUUGCAAUCUUACUCUUUUGUGUCUAUUAUAAAGCUUAAUAGAAAACUGCUAUCAUUUUUUUAGUUUAGAACAGUUUUAUGCCAUAAUAGAACAGUUGUAAAGCUUAAUAGAACACUCUUAAUAGGUGUAUGGUUGUGAACAAUCUUUUGUCAUAGUAGAAUAGAACACUCUUUGAGCUUAAUAGAACACUAUUUUCUCGUUACUUUCAGAACGAAAUUAUGUGCUUACUUGUGGUUCAUAAAAUGCAGGUGAAAAAAUGGUUUCCACCAGAGCCAAGUCGGGCAAGAAGGCCACUACAAGUGGUGAAGGCACAUCUGCGCAUUCUGCAGAGAAAAGAAAAGAGAGGCCAUCAAAAGCUAAAAGGGCGGCCAUGGAUCUUAUUGUGGGCAGAUGUUACGCAGUUCAUCUGCACACCACAAUGUGUGUUUCAGAGUUGCCGAAGACCGCGGGUAGAUUUCAAACAGCUGGCCCCGCAUUACGUGAUGUAAUGUCCGAUGAACAGAUGGCACUUCUGAAGACUACUCCAUUCUUUUCUUAUCUCGACUUGCCUCCAAUUAAACAAGAUCUUGUGUUAGUCGAUUACCUCCUCAGUUUUUGGGACGAAGAGAGAAGAGGUAUUAGAAUUGAAGAAACAUUUCUUCCCUUUUGUCUAGAGAAAAUAUCCAUUUUGGUGAGGCUGCCAGCAGAGGGGGAACCAAUAGAAUGGCAAAGCAAGAGUGUAAAGUCGAGCACUCUUGAUAAAUAUUUCGAUGGUGACUAUCGGCAUGCUGAUAGGUCGAAAUUAAGACAUAUUUUGUACAGUAUUGCUUGUCAAAAUGGAGAGGAGAUGGCAGCUGAUUUUGCGCGUAUAUUUAUAUUAUACGUAUUUGCGACAGUCCUUUUUCCGACCAGCCACUACAAUGUGUCGAAGGCGAUAUAUAGAUAUAUAGAUGAUGUGCAUAGAAUAGAUGAAUAUGCCUUGGGCCAUGCUGUAUGUAAUUAUCUUGUCAGUUCGAUCUCCAGAGCAUCCCCGCGUGUGAAGCAUCGGAAUAGCGGCCAAGAAAGACUUGCCGGCUAUAUUGACGGAUAUACAAUAGCAUUUUUAUUAAAGUUGGGCUUAUAAGCAUAUAAAGGGGUUAGGUACUUCCGACGAAGACAAGGCUGUCCUUCGGAUGAGAAAAUGGAAGGGUUCAAAAGCAUAUCGGUGUUACGAGAAGCUUCUAACAAAGCUGCCGAGUUAUACUCCUGCAGAGGUUGUACCCACAUUUACCUACCGCCCUAAUGAUAUGUCUAUAUUGAAGCCCAUGUUACGUGGCAGCCGACCGGAGCAGAUAUUACUGAAUUGAGUUAGUAGAAAAUAUUAUUUGGUUAGAUUUUAUUUGUCAAAUUGUGAUAUUGUCCUUUCGUACAUCUCUCUCGAAGGUGGUACAGGCAGCGGCCCCCGUGGCAACAACUGCUGCCGGUGAAAGUAGCAAUAAUAUGAGCUCCUUAUUGAAUCAAUUGGAGUAAGCUCUUAAUAAACUACAAGAUCGGAAUAAGAUGUUGGAGGGGAAAAAUGCAAUGCUAAAAGAAAAAAAAUGCAAAGCUUGAAGCGCAACUAUCUAGCGCUAGUACAGCCGCUGCUGCAGAAGACGAAGCCGAAGCCGGUGUUGAUCCACCUCAAGGUGGCCAAGGCGCAGUGGUUGAAGAAAGCAGCCAACAGAGAGUGAUGUCCCUGUACCGGAUCAGGAGCCUGGGGUCAUUAUUGAGCGUCGUCGCAAGAACCCCGGAAGAGAUAAAAUUUCCAAAGGGACCCAUAUGGCAAGAUGAUACAAAAGGGUCAGAUUCACCUUCUGUUAGCGGUCAAGUCCUCAUUGAUUACUUAUUUGGAGGCCCGACGUGUGACGAGGUGAUUAAUGUAUAUUUACAUAUAAUUGAUAAGCUCGAUUGCAUGGGUGUACAUAAAUUUAGUCAACCGGGUAUUUUCUUGCGAACUGAAGUUGCGAUGCACGUACUCAAUAAGAUGCAGGGAUAUGGAAAGAAUAAUCUAGUAACAGCUGAUUUUGUGAAGGAUGUCGCAUUUGGAUCCGCAUCUAUACGUCACUUUCUGGAUAAAAUAAAUACACAAACCUGUAACACUUGUAGAUAUGUACUUAUUCCGUUACAUAGUAAUUGGCAUUGGCAUUUGCUAUCGAUUGAUUUGAAGGAACGACGUUUUGAGAGUUGGAACUCUUUGUGGAGCCACAGCGGGGCACAGGACGCGGCACAGCUGCUGGCGAAAUGGUUUACGUCCUAUUUUGAGCACAUCCUCCAAAUCCCUGUCGGCGCUUCUGACGUCAUAUUUCAUAAGGAAUGUCAACAACAGGGUUCCAUCGAAGUUGAUUGUGGCAUGUACACAUGGCUUUUGCUGAAAAAUCGUAACGAAAUCACUCGCCUCCACUUGAGUUGUUACUUUCUCUACGGGAAGAUAAGCUUACCGGAAGGGGAAGCAGCAGCAAUCCGUAACGCCCUGGCGACACGCCCUGACAGCGAAAGGGAAGGAUGA